AUGUACAGCGACAAUGGCACCAACUUCGUGGGAGCAGCUAAAGCUUUGAAGAAGGAUCGUGACCAAGCAAUGAAUUUGUACAUAGACAAUGAAGUCAUAAGCAAUUUGACAAACUGUGGGAUUGAAUGGCAUUUCAACGCACCUUCAUGGCCAACGGCUGGAGGACUCUGGGAGGCCGCAGUCAAGAGUAUGAAACACCACCUCAAACGUAUUCUUGGCGAACAAAAGUUAACGUUUGAAGAGUUCUCAACGUUACUUGCACAAAUUGAGGCUUGUCUGAACUCCAGACCCUUGUUGGCACUUACAAACGAUGUGGAUGACCUGGAUUGCCUUACCCCGGGACACUUUUUAGUCGGAGGCUCAGUGCUAUCUCCACCACCCUCAAUUGAAACUGAGGAUUAA